CAAGAUAGCCAUGUUGACAAAUUAAGCAAAUGGCCUAAAGUUCGCUUUUCUCACGUAGCCAAAACUUCGCAUAUUUUCUUAACUAUUCGUGCUAAGCAGUUUGCAUAAGAGAUAAAUGUCGUCUGGAGAAAGGCCACAAAAAUGACGGAUAUUCUGUGCAGAUGGUUAAAUACUGAAGUGAAACUCGACAAAACCGUCGAUGGAAAGAGUUUCUCUAAUGAGUUUUCUAAUGGCUACCUAAUUGGAGAAAUACUCAACAAACAUGGUCUACAGGAUGACUUCAGCUCAUUUUCCAAGUCAAGCACUGCUGAUUCAAAGCUCAACAAUUUUACCAGAAUGGAACCAACAAUGGCCCUUCUUGGUGUCCCUUUUGAUACUAAAGUGGCUAAGGAUAUCAUGAAUGAAAAGCCAGGUGUUGCAACAAGACUGAUCUACCAACUUUUCAUUGCCCUUGGAAGGAAGACUAAAAUGAAUUUAACUGGUGUUGCUAUGGAGACAAUGAGGCCCGCUGGUCCUGCUAAGCUGAGUGAAAAAGAGACAGAUUUGUAUAGAGAGCGUUUGAAGACCCUGGUUCCCAGACAGGUGGAUCUGAAUUUUGAUAACCUAGUGAAAAAGUAUCAUGACUGGCAAAAGGACCAGGAAGAUAGAGCCCUGCAAGACAAAAUGGAAGAGGAUGACAAGCUACGAAAAUACCAGCAAAGGGCAAGAGAACAAAAUUUGCAAAGGUCAAAAAAUUUGCGAGAGAAGCAAGAAGAUACGAUGCAGAAAAUCAGAGAAGCAACUGUGAAGAUACCAAAGCCUAUUGAAACAAAGAAAACAAGCAAGAAUCGAGCAGACCUCUUGAAGGAAAAAACUGCCAAGAGUGUUUAUAGAAAUCUGAGCAGCUUUGAAAGCAGUCUAAAAGCCAUGCCUCCACCAAUGAGUCCACUUGAUAUGGAUCGAAGCAAUGUUGACACAGACAUCGAUGUAUUUCUGAACUCAACUGCUCCAGCUAUAGACAAGACAUUUUCAAAGCCAGCACUGAAUAACGACUAUGUAGCGAAAAUUCGCAGACGUCUAGAAGAAGAUGCAAAAGCCAGAAAGGAGCGAGAAAAAAGAAGAAGACGUGUUCUGGUUGAGCAGUUGAAGUCACAUGAGUUGCAAGAGGAAGCACAUCGAGAAGAAAUGCUGGUUAACAGGCUGAUGCGACAAUCUCAAAUGGAAAGACGUAUUGCUGUUCAGUUGAUGCAUGUUCGACAUGAGAAAGAAGUCAUCAAGAAAAAUAGAAUGCUGAGAGAGGAACAGUUUACAGAGAGGCGUUUGAAAGACUUUGCUGAUGCACUUGAUCGGGAAGCCGAUUUGUGUAGGGAAGCAAAAAUUGAAUAUGAACAAGACGUAAAUCACAAUAUUGAAGUGCAUAGCGCCAUUGUAGCUGAAAAAGCCAAAGCAAAAUAUGCCAAACGAUACAAUAUCUGCAAAGAUAUCUUGUUCAAUAUCGUGGACUUUUCAUGCAAAGUUGGCGAAUACCGUGAAUUAACAGAGAAACUUCUUCCACCAAAACUCGUCAGAGACUGGAAGGCCUUGUUUGUAGAAGGAAAGCCCUUAUACCCGCCAAUCGUUGUUGAUGAAGAAAGCAACAACGAAGUCGAUGCAUUGGAAGAAGAAAAACAGCUUUUGCUAGACGAGAAAGAUUUCCUUGAGUAUAAAAAUUUUGAUGGAGAAUGGAUACCGUCGAUCGAAAACGGCGAAGCAGUGCCGCUGAAGGACAAUGUCAUACUUGGUCAUGUUUUGCAUAGAAUGUUCUCUAUUGUCUCGCCUCCAGCUCCAACACCACCUCCACCGCAGUUUCCACCCUGUCCUCUAAAAAUAAGUGUUAUUGGGAAAUUCUUCAGUGGAAAGUCGACAGCAAUUCAGCACAUCGUGGAAACUCACCGCAUUGUCUCUAUCAAUGUUGAUGAAAUUGUGGAGGAGGCUUUACAGGCCUUCAAAAAUAAGGAAAGCGUCAUGGUGACAGAGGAGAAAGAAAGCGAAGAACAAAAGGCAAUUGAAGGAAACUCUGUGGACGAGACAGAUGCAAAGCAGAAUGGUGCAACUGAACCAGAUGACGUUACAGCUCAGAUCGCCGAAAAAGAAGAGACCGAGAAAGUAGCUGAGAUCCCAAUCACGACCCCGGUUGAAAACAAACAUAAUGGCUCACUCAAAAGUGAGAAGGCAGAGUCCGUUAAAACCUUUGGGUCAUCUCACAGCCUCAAGUCAGCAACAUCAGCUUUAAUGUUCACAAACCGUGCAAAACUCGGAAGCAAAGCAUUUACCGUAAUGAAAAAGGGAAAACCAUUGCCAGAUGCUUUAUUGGUGGACAUAAUCAUUGAAGAAAUAAGAAAUAUUCCAAAGGGAACUGGCUGGAUACUUGACGGUUUUCCAACAACAAUAAAUCAGGCAAAGCUGCUCGAGAAGGCCUUAACUGGUAAUGAUGCUUCUUCUGGUGGGACCAAAAAUGGAAAAGAUAGCAAGAAAACCAAGAAGUCUAAAAUAGUUUCCGAUCCUCAUCCAUCCACUGAGGUGGCGACGGUUAAAAGUGGCCUUGACUUGGUUUGUUUGUUUGAAAUCGAUGAUGCUGUUAUACUGAAAAGAGCUGAAGGCAGAACAUACGAUCCCUCCUCAGCUGAUGUUUUUCAUCAAGAAUUUGACCCACCACCAGAAGGCUCCUACACAGGAGUUCUUGCACAGGCAAAGGUUCAGCCAGUUUUAGACCCUUCCAAUGACAAAGAGCAAGUUCAGUCCAGACUUGCAAGCUUUCAAGAUACCCUGCCAAAGUUGGAAAAAUGGUAUGGGAAAUUUGGUGUCUUGCAAAAACUGGAUGCAGCUAAACCAAGUGGGGAUCUUGCUGACGAGUUUAGAACAAUUAUUGAGGAGACGUUCCAAAAGCUUAAUGCUCCACCUCCAGAGGAGACCCCGAAGGACCCUCAAGAUGUAACAGAACAAGAACCCGCCUCUGUCGAAGAGCCAAAACCGGAAGUUCCACCUGAACCAGUUCCGGAGCCUCCAGUAAGCCCAGUUUCAGAGACAAAAUCUGUCAAGUCAACAGUCAAAGGUCAAAAGCCAGUUUCACCCAAGGGGUCAAAGAAAGCCGGCAAGAAAGAUGACCGCGGUGCGUCUCCAGGGAGAAAAGGCAAGAAAGGAAGAUCGCCAUCACCUGGUAAGCAGGAAGAGAAAGGUGGUCGUAAAAAGGCAAGUAGGAGUCCUUCUCCAAAGGCCAAAGGAGGAAGGCCUGGUUCAAAGGGAGGCUCGAGACCUGGAUCAAGAGGUAGACGGUCACCAGGUAAAGAAGCAGAACCUGAAGUUCCACCAGAGCCAGAAGGCCCGCCCGAACCACAACCAGGAUCUCCGGAAUGGGAGUAUGUUGCUGAGCCGCUAGAUGAGGAGCUGGCUCAUGUCUUGGUUGAUAAAUGGAAUGUCGUAGAAAACACGUACAUAGACAGUGCGAAACACGUGUUUAGGAAUAUCAGAGAUGAGCGAGAAAAGAUUUAUAGAUACAUGUAUAAAAGCAGAAAAGAUUUUGCAGAUUAUCUCAAAAGGCCUGAUACAAAACAGGAAUUUGUCUCUGCAUGGCAAAAGGAAUACAAUAGCACCGCUGAUGACAUGAGGGACGACGAGGAUACAAAAGCGGAAAUGCAUCAACAACUCGACGAUUUGUGUGAAAGGCUUUGGAAUAUUUCGGAUACUCGCAAAGAGGACGCUGAAGCAGAAAGAUCUCGCAUUAUGAACGAGGGAUGGCUAGAGGACCACGUGGGCCUGUUGACAAAUCAUUACAUUUCCCUGAUGCAAGGAGAACUGAACAGAUACCAAGACACGUGUAAAUUGUUAAAGGAUUACUACGUAGGAAUGGAAGGUGGUCUGGGACCGAAAAAAGCCAAAAUUUUACCCGAUGGCUCCCAGAGUUUCACUCGCAUUCCACUGGUUGAGCUUCCCACGACACUUGCUCCUGGGGAGGAAGUGGAGCCGCCUCCGUCUGAGACGAAGCCUCUCUCUGCUAAAGCAUCAAAAGAUAAAGAUAGGGAUGUGAAAACCCCGGAACAAGAAGACGAUGAUGCAAAUAAGAGAAGAAUACCAUUGGUUCCAAGAAGACCAAAGUCUGGUGAAACAUCUGGUGUAGGAAGAGAAGUAAAAAGCAAAAAGGCAACACCAAGGCGAGAGAAAACGACAGUCUCCGAAGAAAAGUUGGACAGCCCGACGCCACCGGCUGAUCCCGACGAAAGGCUGCUGUUUGAUGCUUUUCAAAGUGCUAUACUUGCAAUUGAAGCCCAGAGUGCUGCUGAUAUAGCUGUAGAGGAGGCUGAGAGUCAGAGACACGCUGAGCAAGAGCGAGAGAGAGAAAAGGAGCUGAUGAAAAUACACUCUAAGGAUAAGCGUAGCAAAAAACGAGGGGCAUCACCGGGGAAGAACGCUGUUCAAGAAACGCCAACUCCAGUUCAACCAGAAGAAAAUGUUGACAUGCAAAAAGAGGAAGAGGAAAAGCAACGCAGGCAAAAAAUCAGGGAACGACUCUCAAAAGAAUACAAAUUUGCAGUUUUCUCAGAGAGCGAAGGACUUAGAAAAAGACUUGAUAAUAUCAGUUUUCAAGGUACCUCAGUGGUACAAAAGCUCAAGGCGAAAUCCCUCGCUUCUUACGAGGAUAUGAACGACUGGCUUGGUCAGAGAUUCCUUCAAGAGAUGGAAAGCAUUGACACAAUGGCAGUAACUGUGAGAUCAUCGAUUGAAAAAGAAUCAAAGAUCCAGGAAUGUAUUUUGCUUGAAGACAAAGAUUUGGUUAUUGAAUAUGAUCUGCGGAGAUUCAAGACACCAACACCUCCUCCGCCACCCUCGCCAAAAGAAGAAUCCAAACCUGAUACAUUUACCGUCGUGCAACUUCUGUCAUUACAUAAACAAUUCAGCGAGAUCGCCCCAUCUGGACUAAUAUCAGCCAAAGCUUUCUCUGAUACCAUUUUGGAUUAUGCUUCCUGUAAUGCAGGUACAGAAGGACUCCCUGACAACUGGAUGUCCGUGUCAACAAAUCAGCUGCAAGAUAUCGCCACAAACCUUGUCAGUGACAAUGAAUAUUUGGACUGGAAGGCCUUCCUUCUUUCUGCUGCAAAACCUUGGCCCCCUGUAACCGUUUCUGGGCUGCUUGAAACUUUACGACAAUUUAGGGAGGCUGAUGAUCUAAAGAUUGGUCGUGUGGGAAGAGAGGAUUUUGAAAAAGUGAAGAUGUGGUUUUCGGAGGACGAAGAUGAUCUGAGCUCAUACGCAGAAGAUGGCUACAACAGACUAAAAGAACUUCAUUAUGCAUUUUUUGAUUUAUUCGCCGAUACCAUUGACGAUUGGCAAUCUGUUGAUUAUGUAAACAUGCUGCUUUACUUCAGUGCAGUUGCAGACCCUUUCGAGGGAUUUCUGCGGGCAUUAAGCGUUGUGACUGGUAGCUCAUUGCCAACAAAAGAAGAGAUCGAUGCUGUUGAAAAGCCUGAAGACCCAGAUCAACCAGUUCAGGCUGUUCCUCACCAUUUUCUCACUCCAGUGGUGCUAGCUGAUAUUUUGAAGGUGUUCAAUCAUAGCAAAAGAUUUCAAGGAGAUAGUCACCGUUUUAGUGCUACGUCGGAUCCUUUGGACAGUUUCUCUGAGGAACGUUUGACUGGAAUUUAUGAAGAGCUGGGAGGAGAGGCCGAUGGAAUUCCGAUUUAUCUUUUAUUCCAGCAUCCAGUCAUGAGAGAUUGUAUCACCCAAUGUAAAAAGUUCCAGCAAAUAGAUCUGCAACAGCUAUUGAAGAACAUUGACUCAUCAUAAGUAAAAACCUCUUACAUGUUCAGAUGUCAUAACAGUUUCGUGUAUGUUAUACAACAUUUUAAUUCUAUCGUGUAUUGACUAUCCCUGUAUUUCAUGUGAAUUUUUAUGUUUAUCAUGCUGCUAUCUAUUUGUGCCCUGGCCGUAAUUUGUCGUAUUUUGUCAUUUUUUUGGAUAUUGCAAUCCCUAGGCCCAUUUUUUGGACUUUACAUCAAUUUAAUUUUGCAAUCUUCCAAUGCUUGAAUUGCGUGGCUAUCAGAGAAUUAUGCUUUAACAGUUCUUAAUAAGUCUUCGCGACUCACCAAGCACCGUGGAGUGUUGAGAAGAGUGGGGGGUCUAAAAAAGUGGGGGGGCUAAAACCGUAUAAAAGAGGCUUUACUGGUAGUUUAUUACUUAAUAUUUGGCAUAUUUUGCAAAAAGUCUAAAGCCCCCUAGCACCCUGCCCGCGGUGCCUGCUUACUGCUUACAUAUCAUUACUUUCAUCGUCUAUCCUAUUUUUACAUGUGAAAGACACAUUGUUAAAUGAAAUGUAACUCCAUUAUGUACUAAUACAACCCCAAGGUCUCCUCUGAGUUUCAGUUUUCCAACUUUUUGACACUGCAGACAGGUUUGGAGAUUUGGCGCGAAUCGGUACGAGUAGCAUUGGCUAGUUCAUUCCUUGGCAUUGUUGUUGACGAAAUAAUUCAACGUAUGUUUAAAAGAAAUAAGUCUUGUUAAUUUGUGAAUAUGACGAUUAUUAAUGGAAAUAAGAUUGUAAGAAGGUUUCAAUUUCGUUACGAGAAGUUAACAAACAUUAAUUAAGUUUCCUGGGUGCAUAGGCAGAGACGAAUUGAGUAGUUACACUCUUUUUUAUAAAAAACGGUUAAUUUAAGUUCAGGCUGACUGUUCUUAAUUUUCUCGAAAACACGAGACUGGAUUUUUCUUGUUCUGUUCUUAAAUUAAUAGGUUGUAAACAGUGCGAUUACUAGCUUUUUUGCUCUAGGGAGACAACCUUCAUUUGCCAAAAAGUUUGAACACUCACUAAAAACGUACCCAAACAUGGCUAAAAACCUUCGUUUUUGAGAUGAAAUUGUUCAAAAUUACACUUUACAGUAGCUCAGCCUCAGCUUGUUCUUAAUUGGUUUUCAACUUUCCACCAAUUUUGAGGCACGUAUUCUUAUCAAAUUAUUUUUAUAAAAAAGAGUGCAUUUGCUAUUCAACAUUAAAAUGACGAUAACAUUAGGGCCCCUCGGCUUCUCUCUUCUCUCAUUAUUCUGGCUGACCUAAUUGUAAGACAAAACGGUAUUGUCGAGAACAAAGCCAAUUGCGGAGAAAUGAGCAAACUUUUAUUUCUUUAGUGGACCUGGUGUAGCAUGCUAAAUGUAAAAACCAUGUCCAGGCAGCAAUGGUGGCGCCAGCCACUACACUCUGGGGAGACAAAAAAAAGUUUUAGGCCACGCCCUUUUUAGCACCAGAAGACGCUCUUUUACCAACAAGAAACGGUUUUACAUUAAGGGAACGCUUAUAACUAGCUUUUGGCAAUGGAAAGGCAGUUUUAAAAUCAUAGGAUUACAUCACAAAAAGUAUGUUGCCAAAAUAUUAACCCUCCCCCGACAUUUUCUCAUCGAAUUUCGACGAAAUACAAAGUUGAUCCUACCGAGAACUGGGGGGACAGGUCCCCCAGUCUCCCCCCCCCCCCAGUGGCGUCGCUACUGCCAAGCAGUCCAUGGUUUCUCCUUAGCUUUCUUCUAAAAUAGCGAUUAAGGGUAAGGUGGAAAAAUGCAAAUUAACGCGGAAUGAUAAUGGAUAAGCGCAUACUUUGAUUUGGUAUGUCUUUCCAUGCUCUUUUCAGGCAUCCUUUUGUAAUAAAUUGUUUUUCAUUUCAAAAUUUAUGAGAAUACUUCAAAGUAAACAGAGAUGCGGAAAAAAGUAAGAAAAUAAACAAGUCCUCAAUCAAGAAAUUUCUCACCGGGAAUGAUUUUUACUGGGAUUGCUACAUAAGGCUGUGCGUGUGUGUGUCUGGCCAAUACAUAAUGGUGAAUAUUGUCUUUGCUGGUAAUUUUUUACCGGAUCCACGGUAUGUUAAUCAUUUGAAUGCACUGACAAAAAAAUUUUGUAAGACAUACGAAAAUACACUUAACAUUAGCGUAAUCUGCCGUUGACGUAUCUUUCAAUCAGCUAUUUCACUUAUUUAUAAUUAAAUAUAUUAUGCGUCGACGUUUUUUGCAUGCUUAGUUAUUUUCACUGAAUAAAAAUUGAAUCCCAAGCAUAAUUUUGGGUGAAAUCUAUAAAAAGCAAGAUUGUUUGCAGGUCAAGAUAGCUAAACCAGUGCAAAAGUAAUUGUUUGUAUUGACACUAACAAAGUGUAUUAAUAAAUAAAUAUGCAACAACUAAUUACUGAUCUCUUUUGCAGAUAUUGUUUUGUCAAAGGCUAAAGUAAGCUGUAUUCAUCUAGAAAUCUUUCGUUAACCUUAUAAAGUUGCUUGCCUUUGCUUCCUAAUCUUGAAAAUGCUCCACGUCACGCUUGUCCGCCAUGACCCCAGCAAAGAAACAAAGCGGCCUGGCACAAGAAU